AUGCAGAUAGCGUCCGUGACAUCCGUGACAGCGUCACAGUUGGAAGAGCGCCAGAGCAACUGGGCCAAUUCCCGUCCCAUCGUUCUCCUGGACACGCUCUGGAACCUCAUCUUCGUUCUCGUCGCCAUCGCGACGCUCUCCGUGAGCCGCAACCACAAGGAGGAACCCGCGGCUCCGCUCGGCGUGUGGCUCAUGGGGUACUCGGCUCAGUGCAUCAUUCAUAUUGUCUGCGUGCUCGUGGAGUUCGACCGCCGGCAGCAAAUCCCGGACGAGAGGAGGAGCGACCGGAGUCGGGCGAGGAGGAGCGGCGGAGCGAGCAGGAGCAGCAGACGAGGGCUCCGCGGGUUGCGGAGCGCGAGCGGAGGAGGGGGAAGGGGAGGAGGAGCAGGAGGUGCAGCGGGGAGUGGGAGUUCUGGGGAUAUUCGAGAGGGGUUGUUGCAAAGAGGGAGCGAUGACGAAGAGGAGGAAGCGGAGGGGAGUACGGGGGAGCAGCGGAUGGAAGAUGAUCGGAUUGACAGCAUCGCGAAGCAAAUCGAGUCGGCGAACACCGUCUUUUCGUUCCUCUGGUGGUCCGUGGGGUUCGCGUGGAUCAUCUCCACAUUCGACGAUACCUUUGAGGAUGCGCCCAUCCUUUCCUGGGUGUGCAUGUCGUUUCUGGCGUUCGACGUGUUUUUCGUCAUCUUCUGCAUUGCGCUCGCGUGUCUGGUGGGCAUCGCCGUGUGCUGCUGCCUGCCCUGCAUCAUCGCGGUUCUCUAUGCCAUGGGCGAACAGGAAGGUGCCACGAACGAGCAGAUUCAGUCCCUCCCGCAGUUCAAGUUCCGCCGGCGAGGCUCUCCGCCAAACAGCAGCCGCCCGCUCACCGCGUCCUCCGCCCUCUCCGCUAUCACAGAGGCGCUAGGCGUUGCGACCAGCAGCACCAGCACCAGCACCACCACCAUUAGUGCCAACAGCAGUAGUGGGCUAAAUAGCAGUGGUGAAAACAGCAGUGGUGGUACGGGGGGCAGUAGCGGGAAGGGAACGGGGGAUGCCGAGACGAAGGAGGAGGUUCACGUGACGAUUGACGAGCCGGCAGGGGGGGUUAUGACGCAAGUGGGAGGGUCGAGCCAGCCGCCGCGGGAGAGAGAAGUGGCAGACGAGGAUGCGGAGUGCUGCAUCUGCCUGGGCCCAUACGAGGACGCGGUGCUGCUGAGGGAGCUGCCCUGCUCGCACCACUUCCACUCCGCCUGUUCGCGAGGCAUGUCUGCGAACGGAAAGAAGGAAGCGCGCCGAUGGGCCGUCGACUUGGCCGACGCGGCGUCGGCAAUCUCGAGGGACGUUCCAGAUCCGCCUGGAUUCAACCGAAACGCGGCAGAGCUGGUGUCCAGCAGCAGCGGAUCCAAGGCUCUGGCACAAAAAGACAAGGCCCUUGACCCGGCAAAGAAGCAGGAGCGUGCAUGGGCCCUAGCCCAGUCACCUACCAAGAAUCUUCUCAUGAUGGGAUUCAUGCUCUGGAUGGCUGGAAGCACUGUGCACAUUUUCAGCAUCGGAAUCACCUUUUCCAUUCUCUGGCAACCAAUUUCAGCGCUGAGGACCAUAAACGCUGCGUUUGAGCCGUUCAAGGAUCCCAAGGUGGAUGUGGUGCUGCCAAAAAUGAUGUAUGCUGCAGUCAACCUCUUCCUCCUCUCCAUCGGCCUCUGGAAGUUGAAUGGCCUGGGAUUGCUUCCAACGCGUCCUGCUGAUUGGAUUUCUUCGCUCCCUCCCAGACCAGUGCCAGAGUUUUCAGCUGAUGCUGACCUGGAUGGGGGUAACAUGCGCCACAUCGGAUCAAUAUCCAAUCCCUGCCUCACAAAACGGCCAUUUCUGCAGCGGGCCUAUCAGGAGCCGCCACCUGUCUCGGGCACUCCCAUUGGCCAGCACCGGUUUGUCAUGGCGGGUGGUUACCGCAUCGGUGCUAACCAGUUUGCGGCUGUGGGUCACUCGCUGCGUGAGCUGAAGGAAGAGGGAGGAAGCGGGGCGAGCAAAUGCUACUGGAUAGCACUGGAUGGGGGGUACGCAGAGGGCAAAGUGAGGGUAAUUUACCCUGCGGAGCACCACUGGCUGGUAUACGAGACUGCCAUAUACGAGUGUACUCUGCUGGUCAACAGUACCGGCACCACUGGAGGAUCUGCAAUUCUCGUGCUAGACGAGCAGGCAGUGGUGAUGCACGAGGAGGGGCAGGACGAGUUUGCCAUCGAUGGACCUCCCCCCUACCACCUGGCCUUCUGCUCCUACCCCAUGUAUCGCCAUCUCAACCCCAAGACCAUCCAGGAGUGGUUGCAGAUAGCCCUGCACUACCUAGGCGUGGAGUACUUUGUUUUCAACGACGGUGCUUCCGUCGUGGAAGACGUUUACGAGGUCCUGGAGCCAUACAUGGCAGCGGGGAUGAUGGAGAUAUUGGACAUGCGGGGAGGGUACAAAUACGAGUCCAAGCAGAACGUGCUUGUAUUGAAUAAUUGUCUCUACCGGAUGAAAUAUGUGUCCAAGUGGGCGUUUUUUGCCGACUUUGAUGAGUUUCUCCACAUCCAGCCGCCCCAGACCCUUAAAGGGUUGCUACAGGAGCACUCUCACGCGCCCUACAUCACCUUUGCCAGCCUCUGGUGGUCCAUCGAACGCUGCCGCCCUCAGCCUCCAUCGGACCAUUUUUAUCUCGAGCGAAUGCCCUUCCACUGGCCGCACAUUUACUGCAUAGGGCCCAAGAAUGCGGGUCAUGUGGAGGAUAAGUGCAUCAAUUAUUUCGGGCAUCGGAAAGUUAUCGCCAACACAAAGCUUGUGAAGGCCAUGCAGGCAAGUAGAACGGUUUCUUUCCAGUGA